CCAAUAUUUUCCCAUCUCUGUAAACAGUAAAAGCCAGCUUUCUCACUCCUCCAUAUAUUUUCUUCUUUCUUUCUCCCACAACCCAACUCCCAUACUCUCUCUCUCUCUCUAAAACCCAUUCGUUCUUACUCUUUAUCAUUGUACGGAUUCUUCCCACUUCUCCUCCUACCCUGACCCUUUCAUCGUCUCUCAACCAGAAGCUCUGAUACGAGAAUUUCUGGGUCUGGGCGUACAUGAGAGAUUUUUCUGCAGUCCGGGGCAAUUUCAUAAAUACCCGAUUCCCCGAGGACUUACCGGUUUCAAAUUAGAACUUAUGCAGGGGGUUUUGGGCAGAAGUGAGAAAAAAAAGAAGCAGAAAACGAGUCCGGCUCGGCAGGACCAGCUCAAAGCUUCCAACUUGUUCGCAUUCCCGGAAAAGGGCGACUAUUUGGUCCUCUGCCUGCGCUUGGGCCUCCUCCUUUGCCUCGUCACGUCGAUUUCACUCGCGCUCUUCUUCGCCUUCUCCACCAAGUCACACUGGUUCCCCAUGCCGGACGUAGUCCGGACCCGAGUCGACUCUGUAGCUCCGGGACCCGGACCCGGACCCGAACUGGAACCCACUAACAUAACCCACAUUCUCUUCGGCAUCGGCGCCUCCCUCACCACGUGGCGUAACCGCAGCCUGUCAGCGGAACUCUGGUGGGACCCGAACACGAUCCGCGGGUUCUUAUGGCUCGACGCCGAACCCCAAAACGAAACGGACUUCUCCGGUUCGAUUCCGUACCGGGUGUCGGAGGACUGGACCCGGUUCAGCUACUCGAGUUCCCAAUCGGCGGUUCGUAUCGCCCGGAUUGUGUACGAGAGCUUUAAACUCGGGUUGCCCAACGUGCGGUGGUUCGUGAUGGGGGACGACGACACGGUGUUUUUCAGCGACAACCUAGUUUCGGUGCUGGCGAGGUACGACCACGACCUUACGUACUACAUUGGCGGGAAUUCGGAGAGCGUGGAGCAGAACGUGGCGCACGCGUACGACAUGGCGUAUGGCGGCGGCGGGUUCGCGAUCAGCUACCCACUUGCGGCGCGGCUGGUCGGGCUGAUGGACGGCUGUCUGGAGAGGUACUCUAAUUUCUACGGCUCCGAUCAGAGGGUAUCGGCCUGCGUCAGCGAGAUGGGUGUGCCUCUCACUAAACUCGGUGGGUUCCACCAGCUUGAUAUCAGAGGUGACCCGUACGGUAUCUUAGCUGCGCACCCAUUGACACCACUUGUGUCACUUCACCACCUGGACUCCAUGAAACCCAUGUUCCCGAGCCAGACCCAUUUAGACUCGCUCAAGUCCCUCCUUCGUGCGUACCGGCUCGACCCGGGCCGGAUCCUACAACAAAGUAUUUGCUACGACCAUCGGCGUAAAUGGUCAAUAUCCGUUUCAUGGGGCUACACCAUUCAGCUUUACCCGUCGUUGAUCGGAGCUAGGGAACUUCAGAUGCCGUUGCAGACGUUCAAGACGUGGGGGACCUGGAGUGACGGACCAUUCACAUUCAAUACCCGACCCGUGAGUUCCGACCCGUGUCAGCAGCCCAUCAUUUAUUUCUUGGACCAGGUUAUAUUUGUUAGGGGUGGGUCCGUGACUAUUUACAAGAGGUUUGUGGCCAGUGAAGGAAAGCAAUGUGGGAGAGCAGAAUAUGCCCAUGCAGCGCAGAGGAUUGUAGUCUCCUCAAAGAAGAUGGACCCUCGCUAUUGGACAAAGGAGGCGGCUCCACGUAGGCAAUGCUGUGAGAUUAAGAACCAAGGAAUCAUAACGAAUGGAGAUCUGGAGGUUAGGAUUAGGACAUGCAAACCCACGGAAUCAAUCACUAUAUCUGUUUAGGAUAUUUGGCAAUGCUGCGAGACUACAUAAUUUAGAGGCCUUUUGUGGGGGCUUAGCAUACUACUUAUAGAUUAGCGGUUUUUUUUUUUUUUGCCGAACUAGUUACUGAGAUUUAAAAUCAAUAGAAAUGAUUCAUGAAAUUGUCUAUCAUCAAUUAUUUUAAUCAUUUCUUGAGAAAUAUCCGUUAAAUUGAUGA